AUGGGCGCGUGCUUGUCCGAGGUGUCCAGGGCCGCGCCGAUGGAGCGCUGGCAGGCGACGCCCGCCAUGCGCCGACCCGCCAAGAAGAUGACGUCGAGUGCUGGCUCAGUGGCCUCGUCCAGCUUCAAGACUGUGCGUGCGUCGACCGACCAGCCGCCACCAACCGAGCUCACGAGCCUCCUCUCGCCACGCGACCCCGCCAGGCAAGAUGCGAGGUACCUCGAGCAGGAAGACAUGAUUGCGAUCCAAGCCAUGCGCGCAUCACGCGUGAGCCACCUCUUGUUUGGCGCGGCUGCGUUCCAGAACAAGCAGCUCAAGGCGAGCAUGGAAGACGAGUGCGUGCUGCUGCCAUCCAUCGUCGGCCCCGGUGGCGAGAGUGGCGCCUUCUUUGGCGUUUAUGACGGCCACGGCGGCGGCUUUGUCUCCAAGCACCUCGCCCGCAAUCUCCAUGCGGCCGUCCAGUCGCGCUUCCUUGCCGACCCCAGCGCAAGCGUGUCCAGCGUACUUUGCGAGAGCUUCACGGCUGUCGAUACGGGCCUCGAAGAGAUGGAAGAGGCCGACGCGUGUGGGUCCACGGCCGUCGUCUGCGUCGUGCUGCCGACCGAGUGCUACGUGGCCAACAGCGGCGACUCGCACUGCAUCUUCUUUGACGGGAUGCGGACGCAGCGGCUCUCGGCCGACCACCAUGUGCGCAACACCGUCGAGACCGACCGCAUCAAGCACCAGCAAGGCAUCAUCUUGAACCAGCGCGUGAGCGGUGUGAGCCGCGUCACGCGAGCCUUUGGCCAAAACAACGAAAAAGACCUCAUCAUCCCGACGCCGCAUAUUGCGUGCAUUGCGCGGCCGCGGGAUCGAACCGCGGCCUUUCUGCUGCUCGUCAGCGACGGCGUCACCGAUGUCUUGACGGACGACGACAUGGUGCGCUACGUGCGGCGCGGGCUGCUCGAGUGCGACUUAAGUCCCGACGACGUCUGCCGCGAACUGCUCGAGGUCUGCCGCCUCAAGCGGGCGGUCGACAAUAUGACCGCGGUCCUCGUCCUCCUAUAAGGAUGCAAUGAGACACCUAUUUAUCACAC